CCGGGACACGUCAACAAAGUCUCUGCGCAGACGGAUCUCAACGGCAGCAGCUGUAUUGUAGUCACAGACCAUCUCUUCAGGAACUAUGGAGACUCUAUACAGUAUACCCUACACCGUGCUGGAAUGUCCGAAUAUAAAACUUAAGAAGCCAUCAUGGCUGCACAUGCCGUCGGCUAUGACGGUGUACGCGGUGGUCAUUGUGUCCUACUUUCUCAUCACUGGAGGCAUCAUCUAUGACGUCAUCGUUGAGCCCCCAAGUGUAGGUUCAAUGACUGAUGAGCAUGGACACCAGCGGCCAGUUGCCUUUUUGGCUUACAGAGUGAACGGGCAGUACAUCAUGGAAGGACUUGCUUCAAGUUUCCUCUUCACUAUGGGAGGUCUCGGCUUUAUAAUUCUGGACCGCUCCAAUGCGCCAAACAUUCCCAAACUCAACCGCUUCCUGUUACUCUUCAUCGGGUUUGUCAGUGUUCUCCUCAGCUUCUUCAUGGCCAGAGUGUUCAUGCGCAUGAAACUGCCUGGAUACCUCAUGGGCUAAAGACAACACAAGCAUACUUCAAAUACUUUUGAUGGACGUUGGAUUUCACUUUUUGUGGCCAAACAGGCAGUUUGAGUACAUUUCUGAAUAAACCCAACUUCUGUAAUAAUCUACAACCAUUAAGGACUGAAAGCACUGACUUUGCUCUAGAAAUUUGACCUGGCUGCACAGACAGUCUCUCCUUGGGGUUCAGUGACUUCUUGUCCCCCUUCUUUCCUCUAAAUAUCCAAACAAUCUAUUGAAGAAGAAGAAGUCUUCCAAUUAAAAAGACUAUAAAAUCAACUGAAGUUUAAAAAAGACGAGAGGUUACUGAACCCUGUUGGCAUGGGGGUACAUAUUUGGAAUCAGGAUAAGCACUGUGUGAAUCAUUUAGAGCAGAGUCUAAACAACCUCUGUUCUACUUUUUGUGAAAAAAUCCUUUGAAAAAAACUAUCAUUUGUCACAGUUGCUUUUUUUGUACAAUGAUGUUGAAUAAAUCUUCUUUUCAGAG